AUGUCAUCUACAAGCGCGCUACGCGGUUUUACCACCGAUUUCAUUCAUCGAGAUUCCCCCGCAUCACCACUUUAUGACCCCUCUAUCACCCAAGCCGAUCGAACCGCCAAAGCCAUUCACCGAUCAAUGACUCGCUUGUCUCGUUUCAAGUCAACCCUCAAUCAUCUUAAGAACCAUAAGGUGAAGAAAACUUCAAACACGAACUCGACAAUCUUACCAGGUGAUGGAGAAUACCUCAUCGAGUUUUCCAUAGGGACACCACCCUUCAAGCAAGUGGCGAUAGCCGACACUGGCAGCGAUGUUACAUGGACCCAAUGUCAACCAUGCGACAGAUGCUACCAGCAGGAUCAACCCGUUUUUAAUUCGGAGAAUUCAUCAACUUUUCGAACACUAACAUGUGGUUCUAAUUUAUGUGAAUCCUUAGGGUAUUCGGAUGCAUGUUCCGGGACCACCGGAACAUGCGAAUACCAAUUGCAAUACGGAGACGGUUCCACCAGCACUGGAGUUCUAGCUCUCGAUACUUAUACCUUGGGAGGAACAUCAAUCCCUAAAUUGGUCUACGGGUGCUCUCACGAUAGCCAAGGUACAUUCGAGGCUGACGCGGCAGGCAUUGUCGGUCUUGGAGGUGGUCCACUCUCGCUAGUUGGCCAGCUUGGAAGUUCCAUCGCAGGAAAGUUCUCAUAUUGUUUGUUAUCUGAUCAUUCAUCGGGUGAGAGUAGCAAGAUCAACUUUGGUUCGAACGCGAUCGUGUCUGGACCUAACGUGGUCUCAACCCCAAUGGUCUCAAAGAGCCCCGACACUUUCUAUUACCUAACCUUGGAAUCGAUUAGUGUUGAUGGCAAUACAAGUAUUCCCUUCAAAUCAAGAAAACCUUUCGCAGCUGUGGAAGGUAAUAUCAUAAUUGAUUCAGGCACUACACUUACUUAUAUACCUCCUGAUAUGUACCAAAACUUGGAGGACACAAUGAAGAGCGCUAUUAAGGCCGAUCCAGUUCCCGAUCCAGAAGGAUACUUUAGUCUUUGUUACAACAUUGACGAAAGUUUUACUGCUCCGACGAUCACGGCACAUUUCGCAGGUGGGGCUGACUUGGUGUUGCCUUGGACUAGCACAUUUUAUGUGUAUGAGAAUGUUGGGUGUUUGGCAUUCUCCUCUAGUGAUAGUGAUGAAUUCAACAUAUAUGGGAAUAUGUCACAAAUGGACUUCUUGAUUGGUUAUGAUCUUGAGAAUAGGACUGUGUCUUUCAAGCCAACUGAUUGUUCACAGGAAUAG